AAAGCUCCAAUAAAUGGGCUUUUCAAUAAUAUUCGAGUUUAUUGACAGACUGAGAGAGAAAUAGCAUAAAGUCUGUUGUUACUGGUCGUACAAAUGAGGGCCGUACUGCAGAUUUUUGUGUGCGAUAACAGACCGGAAGUCGUUGAAUUUCCGCAAACUUGACUACAGUGAUGGGACAAGAACGCGAUUCAAAGAAAGGAGGGAUGACACUGAAGUGAUCAGACAGAGGUAGAGAUCAGCGGUGGGACUGGGCUCCACUGGCAGAGACGAAGCGACGGUAGCGACGAGGACCGAGCCCGGGAGGAGAGCGCGGAGGACAGCCAGCCCGGCCGGCCGGACAGCCGCCCUCCAUCUUCCGUUCCAGCGACCUCCGUCGGAGCUCCGUCCGCAUCUCCGCUCCAAGCAGAGCAUCUUGGAAAAGGCACAGAGCGGGCAGUCCUUCCUGGGAGGAAGAGAUUUCUCUGCUGAUUGUGACCCAGUUGGAUUCGGAGGAUGGACGUUUUGUUGGGUUUGCUUUUCCUCAGUUCUGCCGCUCUGAAGGCAGCUGUAGGAAAUGUGUGUGUGUCGGGUCACGACAGAGGACCAGUGUUUGAAGAGCAGCCAAGCAGCUUAAUUUACCCAGAGGGCUUGACUGAAGGCAAAAUAACUCUGAGCUGCCAGGCUAGAGCCAGUCCACCCGCAACCUACUCGUGGAAACUGAACGGCACAGUCCUGGAGCUGGGGUUGAGCCGGCUCACUCUGGUGGCUGGCAGCCUGGUGAUCAGCAGCCCUGACAGUUCCCAAGAUACCGGAUCGUACCAGUGUCUGGCUAAGAACCCGUGUGGGACGAUCAUCAGCCGAGCUGCUAAUCUCAAGUUUGGCUACCUUCAUGACUUCCCUCCUGACAGCAGGACGUCACAAACCGUGUUUGAGGGCGCCGGCACUUUCCUUGCCUGUCAUCCGCCCCCACAUUACCCAGCUCUGUCCUAUCGCUGGUACUUCAACGAGUUUCCCAACUUCAUCAGAAAGGACGACGGACGCUGGUUUGUGUCGCAGGUCACUGGGAACCUGCACUUGGCCAAAGCAGAGUUAAAUGACACUGGGAACUACUUCUGCUUUACUACCAUCAAUAUGGACAUCAGCACCAAAAGCACUUUUAGCAAGGGCAGCCUGCUCACUGUAAUGCCAGAUGCCAAUCCCAGGAGGUCAGCACCAAGCAUCAGACUGCGCUUCCCAGCGGAGACUUACGCCCUUGCUGGACACACCGCCCAGUUGGAAUGCUUUGCGAACGGAAAUCCAGUCCCAAAGCUUCGGUGGAGGAAGGUUGAUGGUUUAAUGCCGUCCAAAGCAGGCUCCUCUACACAGAGUCACACCCUCACCCUACCUGAACUCUCUUUUGACGAUGAGGGAAUUUAUGAGUGUGAAGCCUAUAACUCAGAAGGACGUGACACAUUCCAGGGACGCAUCAUUGUUCAAGCUCAGCCGGAGUGGUUGCAGGUGAUGAGCGACUCGGAGGUGGAGAUCAGCUCAGAACUUCACUGGAGCUGCUUAGCUGCUGGAAAACCUCGACCCGCUGUCCGCUGGAUACGCAACGGAUUGUUUCUCACCACACAGGAUCGGGUGAUGGUGAACGGAGCGCAUCUGAAAAUCAUCAACCUGGCCCUGGAGGAUUCAGGGAUGUACCAGUGUGUGGCUGAGAACAAACACGGCACUAUUUAUUCAUCUGCUGAGCUGAGGGUCCAAGUACAGGCUCCGGAUUUCAGGCUGAAUCCGGUGAGGAAGCUGAUGCCGGCGGCCAGAGGCGGCCAGGUGGUGAUCGAGUGUCGCCCUCGUGCGGCACCAAAGCCCAUCCUGUUCUGGAGCCGUGGGACGGAGCUUCUGACCAACAGUAGCAGAAUCACAGUAACUCCAGAUGGCACGCUGUGGAUCUACAACAUCAGCCGGGCAGAUGAAGGAAAAUACACCUGCUUUGCUGAGAACUACCUGGGCAAAGCCAACAGCACCGGACACCUGUCUGUCAGAGAUGCCACCAAAAUCACACUGGCUCCCUCCAACGCUGACAUCAACCAGGGGGAGAACGUGACGCUGCAGUGCCACGCCUCCCAUGACCCCACCAUGGACUUGACCUUCACCUGGGCCCUCAACGGGGUUCCGCUGGACCUGGAGAACUCGGCUGGGCCGUUCCAGCGGGUGGAGGCGAAGGAAAACAUCGGCGACCUGCUGAUUGUAAACGCUCAGCUGAGUCAGGCCGGAAUAUUUACCUGCACAGCUCAGACUGUGGUGGACAGCGCUUCUUCUUCUGCUAAACUGGUUGUGCGAGGACCCCCAGGACCACCCGGUGGUCUGCUGGUGAAGAACGUGGCCGAGACGUCGGUGGAACUCAAGUGGAGCCGUGGCUAUGACAACCACAGUCCCAUCGGCAGAUACGUCAUAAUGGGUCGAUCGUCUCUCUCGUCAGAGUGGAGGAAGAUGAUGACAGAACCAGCGAACAUCGAGGGGAAUGCAGAGUCGGCGCGGGUGACCGGAUUGAUUCCCUGGAUGGAUUAUGAAUUCCAGGUCAUCGCCAGCAACAUUCUGGGCAGCGGGGAGCCCAGCAUGCCGUCCCACGUCAUCCGCACAAAGCAAGCAGCACCUACGGUGGCCCCAAGUGGACUCGGUGGAGGGGGAGGAAACCGCAAUGAACUGAUUAUUACCUGGACGCCCAUGGCCAGGGAGUACCAGAACGGGGACGGCUUUGGCUACAUCCUGGCCUUCAGGAAGAAAGACACGCCACCGUGGUCGGAGGUGCAAAUCCCGCAUGUCGAGUCCUCCCGCUACGUCUACUACAAUGAAAGCCUGACGCCUUACACUCCUUUCGAAGUAAAGAUCAAAGCGUAUAACCGCAGAGGUGAAGGUCCGUUCAGCCAGAUCUCAGACGUCUACUCCGCAGAGGAAGAGCCAACUGUGAGACCUUCAGGCAUCAACGCCACAGCACUGUCAGCCUUUGAGAUCCAGGUGUCAUGGGAACCCAUCCAGCCGCUUAGCAAUGGCAUCCUAAGAGGAUAUGAGAUCCGAUACUGGCGGCAGCACGAGAGAGAGGCGGCCGCGGACCGGGUGAGGACGGCCGGGCUGCAGCCGACGGCCCGGGUGUCCGGCCUUCGACCGAGCACGCGGUACAACGUGGCCGUUCUGGCGUACAACAGCGCCGGCACGGGGCCUCCGUCGCCUCGCACCGCCGUCACCACCAGGAAACCACCUCCCAAUCGUCCUCCGGGCAACGUGUCAACUGAAACCAAAGGCUCUGAAGUAACGCUGAAGUGGAGUCAUGUGACGGCGAUGCACAACGAGUCAGCCGUGUUGGGCUAUAAGAUUCUGUACAGACACGAAGACCAGACUGUAAUGAAGUUCCUGGACAAGUCGAAGACGUCAGUGACUCUGCCGCUAACUAAAGACUACGGCUACACGCUGCUGGAGAUCCGGACGUGGGGCGAGGGCGGAGACGGGCCGUCCCAUGAGGUUAUCGUGUCCCAGGAUCCUGGAACCGGAAUGAUGGUGCAGAAGGACGCCUCCUCCGCCCUGACCAGCUCCCUCCUCCACAUGGCCACUGGCCCGGUUCUGUUGGCCCUCAGCCUCCUGUGAUCCUGUCUGUUACUGUUAGUGAAGCGAAGGCUGCAGGUGGACUUUAGAUUUCAUUCCUAAUAAUAACAGUUUUAACAUCUCAAUGCAGUGGGGGGAACCAGAACUUACCGCUCUGGGUUCUUUAUGAACAUAAGCUCUUAAGGUACAAACAGAACCGAGUGAGUGGAUAGUCAGCAUUGUUAACUUCUAGAUGUGUGAUCUGAAAUUCACUCUAAGAGCAGCUAUCUACAUCGUUUAAUUUGGCAAAAAUCUUUCAUCUGCUGCAGUUGUUUUCUGCAUGCCAGGUCUCACUGUCUUCCCGUUAUCCUGGACGUGCAUGGAGCAGCGUAACCCGACGGAAUGAAGGCUGCAUGUUGUUCCCUCCAUCCCCUCGUCUCCACCCCAACGCCGCUGCAACUCCAUCUUUAGAGAGGAGGGUCUUAAUUGUUUCUGCAAAACCAGGGACUGAGCACAUGCUUUAAACUGGUUAAAGUUGAGUUGAAGCUUUUAACUUUAAAAUAUUUUUAUAUAUAUAUAUGGUUUUUUUUUUUAACUUUUUGCCCUAAUAAGCAUGGCAUUUCUGGGGUUAAUAUGGUUUCACUCUGCAUUCACAGAUAUUUUAGGGAGGAUGAUUGGACAGCUGGGGCGGUCAGCUCUAAAAAUAUUGUGGCCAUUCUGAAACCAAGAAAAUCAGAAUUUUGUACUCUGAUGAAAAAGAAAAGAGUUUUGUGUAACAAACCGCUGUAGCCGCCAGGUUAGUGCCUCAGCACGGCAGAAGAAAAUGAUUUGUUUCUGUUGCGCUCGUAUUUCAGAUUAGCUCAUGGUAGCAAGUGUUAAAUACAGAAUAUAGGCUUUUGUCUUUAAGUAAAAAAAAAAAAAGUUGACGCCUUCAAAACAACAACUUAAGUUCCCGCUAUGGUAGAUUAGAAAAAUAAAUGUCCUUUCUGCCAUUUGCUCUGACCGCAACAAUCGGACGGACCUCUAAACUGACUCGCUUUGUUUGUGUUUUUGUCUCUGCUGUAGCCGCAGCAGACAGCAGAACAUGUCCGCUCUUUUUAUCAGUGAUGGAUUUGUGCCUGCAGUGUAAAAAACAAAAACUUCAUGUUCGAUGUGUUUAUUGCCGAUCGUUUUCUGCCGAUAAGGCUAAUCAGAGGGAGAGAUGACAGAGUCGUCAGGACUACUGAGCUGUGGUCAGGCCACCGGCGCUGACGCAACACGUCUGAUCCUCUGCGGUUCCCAGAACCCUCUGAGCCUCUGGAACGCUCGCCGCCUUCUGUUGUUUCUGACGGUUCUUGCUGUUAUUUAUUUAUUUUAUUUUUUUGCCUUAUUUAUUUCAAUGUGUUGAUUUUUAUUUAUAUAUUUCUUGUUUUGCCGAGAACUCUAUUUUUUUUUUAUAUUUGCGCCAUUUUUUUUGGUCAAUGUUUGCACUAUCUUUUAUUUGUUAUGCAGGAUUUAGUUCAGGGGUGUCCAAAGUGUGGCUGGGGGGCCCUUUGUGGCCCAAAACAUUUAAAAUUGUCUGUUCUUCUUAGGUAACAGUCCAAAGUCCUUUUUGUGUUUUAGAUCUUCGAUUACAUUCAUAUUUCAUAAAAAUUUGUUUAUUGUUGAAAAGGUGAAAGAAUAGACAAAAAAAAUCCCAAUAAACUUUUUUUCUUUCUUUUUUUUUUAUUUCAUGAAUCUUGUGACUCAUCAGUAGUUUAAAUUGGCCACUUUGGACCCAGAGUUGCUGUUCUGUAACUUCUGCGCUCACUGGAAAAUGGGAUUAUAACCUAUUUCUCAAAACAUCAGUGCAUAGAGCAGAUAUGAAACGUUCUGGUUUUAAUUUAAAGCUGCAAUUCUGCUCAUAAUAAUUAUGAUCCAAGACGUUUGGCUGAUUUUAUCAUUUGAAUAAACGGCAGCUAUUACUGAUAGUCUUCUGUGACCAUUAGCCUCUGAUCUGAGUCCAUAAACUGGCAGGAAGUUUUACAACAGCCUGUUUCUGCAUCCUGUUUGUGUCCCUAAGCUCUCAUCUGAAGCGGUCGGCAAAGUUUGGGUCCGCUUUCUCUUCAAGUGAAGACUGAAGCACUUACAAGAAAAUGAGCCUGGUGCAAAUGUUUCCGUCAAACUCUAGAUGAAGUCCUAGUUAGACUUAAACCACACAGGUGAAACCUUUAAUUUAUCGUUGAGUUGUUCCUAAAUCCUUGAACGUCUUCGUAUUUAAAUGGCUUUGACGGCCAGACUUGUUUACUUUGCUGGUGGUUGGAUGAUAGACUACUUGAUUGUACACAUGCAAAUGCUUUAUUAGGUCAUUUCAACAUAUUUUGUGUUGCUGUUUUAUGAUUUUGAGUCAGUCAGUUUGUGAUGUAACAGGAAACGUUUCCUGUAGUCAGCGAUGCGUAGGGGUUGUGUUGGUGGUGGCAGAUGAGUGCAGUGUAACGUUGCUGCUGGUUGUCUCCAGCAGUGGGUGUGAAGUUAAAACCUGGGAAACUUUUUCUACAUUAGCUGGGAAAACAAUGAAAACCUGAUUAUUUUUUUCUUGAUAUAUGUAAUCUGUAUUCCUCUUAGUGCUUACAUUUUCUGAAGACAGUAGGUUGCCAUUUUGCCUAAUAGUUUUUAAUUUGGGCUCUACUCUGAGGCAACGUGACCCACCAUUCAACCCCUCAUCCAGAACAGCUUAUGAAAAACAUAACCUGUUUAUACACGACUUUUAACGCCUGCUCUGUCUUCCACUCCCAAAUGUAAAGCAUCACACAGCAGUUGUCAGAACCACUGAAUGUAGUUAUGGUGUGUGUCGUUGUGCUUGAUACUCUGUACAGUGUUGUUUUUUUUUAUGCCUUCAGUGUUCAACGCAGAGCCAUAAGGAUGUGUGACCAUAUAUGGGAGCGCUGGCCAAACAGACCUGGCUGUAUGCUUAGAGUUUACCUGCCUUCAGGUGGUUCCAGUCACGAGCUUGAAUCAGUUCUGGCUUAUUUUGCCUUUGGAUCUUUAUUAUUUUAUUUUAUUGUAACUGAAUGGAAGGGGCAAGAAGGUUGCUACAUGUAAAGCUGUUUUUAAAUAAACACAUUGGAAUUAUA